AUGGUGUUGCCUAUAAUUACACAUUCUUCCAUCUCAUAUUCGCCAUCGCAUCCAUGUACGUUGCGAUGCUUCUUACCAAUUGGUGCGAAUAACGUCACGACUGAAACCGAUGAGUUGGUCACUAUAGGACAAACCUUUAUUGCGGUAUGGGUUAAGGUCGUUUCAAGUUGGGUUUGUUUUGCUUUAUAUAUAUGGACUCUCGCUGGCCCAGUAUUCAUGCCAAGCCGAUUUGGA